AUGUCAACUUCAAAAUCAAUUAUUGAUGAAACUUACAUUAAUGUUCAUUUAAAAGGAGGUAAUCUUCAUUCUGAAUUACUACAUAUUGAAGCCUCAUUUAAUAAAGGUAAUACUUAUAAUUUAAUCUAGGAUAAUUUAAGGGAUAAUCAAUUCCAUUGAAAUGUUAAUGGUUUAAUAUUACUAAAGACAAAGACUUUGUAGAAAUAGAAGAUGUUUCAGGAUAAUUUUAUUAGCCUUGUAUUUUAGAUAUUGAUACUAAGUAAAAUCUUCUAUUUAUAAGAAUUAUGGUUUAAGCUAUACCAAUUUUAGACUUUGAGUAUAAUGGCAUGCCCUUAAUGGCUGAAACCAAUUUUUUGCAAGCUGAUUCUAAAAUUUUUGAUCUAGUAGUUUACUACAAUAAAAUUAGGUUAACUCAGCAUUUAAUGAAGGAGAGAUGUAAAUUAAUUGUAAAUUGGAAAAUAUUUAAGCUUAAGAUAAUCAAUCAUUUACAAAUCUUAAUUUUCCAUUAAUUUGCACUUUAAUUGCCAACGAAAAUGGAUUGAUAUUGAAAACUGAUUAAAAUAAGAUUAUUGUUAAUAUUGACAAAUACGAACUUAAGAUUAUUAAAAAAAAUAAUAAUUAGAUUGAAAUAUUCAAUUCAAAUAUUAAACUAUUAGCAGCUGUAACAAAUAAUAUGGUUCGUGAUGCAAUUUUUCAAUUUAGCAAAACAUUAAAAUUAAAAAAAAACCAUUUAAGUGAUACAGCAUAAUUAUAUGCAAUCAUCUCUGAUUAAGAAUAAAAGUUAACUUAUAAAGAAAAUGAAAUUUCAUAAUUAUAAGAUAUUAAAUUGAAAUUAACUAAAAAUCUGAAUGAACUUUAAUAAUAAUACAAUAUAAAUAUCAAAAAAAUAGAAUAGAUUGAUAAAUAAUUGGUGUAAUAGAAUUUAUAAAUUUAGAAUAAAGACAAGGAAAUUUAAAAUUUAAAAUAAUAAAUUGAUAAAUUGGAUGGAAAAACAUAAAUAUAUAUUUAAGAAAUAAAGGUUUUAAAAAGCUAAGUAAUAUUAUUAGAAAAUACAAAUAAAAAAUUCUAACAAGAGAUAGAUGACUUAAAAAAAAAUUAACACUAAAAUUAGGAUGAAAUAAGAGAAAUGUUUUAUAAAGAAAAGUUGGAUAGCUUAAAAUAAUAAAAUGAUGUAUUAAAUUAGUAUAUUUAGAGAAAUGCCAAAAGGAAAAUUAAUAAUGGCAAUUAAUUAAUGAUUAAUUAAUGAAGGAGAUAAAGAAACUUGAAAAUAACAAUAAUUUUUAUUAAGAAGAGAGAGAAUUAGUUUAGAAUGAAUUGAAUAGUUUAAAAAAAAAAUAUGAAAGUUUAUUAUAGGAAAUUGAAUUGAAUUAAAAGAAAGAGAAAUCAGAUAUAUCUUCCGAAGUAAUUGUUUAAUUCUAAAUUUUUAGAAUGAUGUUCAAUCUAAUAAAUAAUCUGAAAUUAUUAUUUGCAAUAAUGUUGUUUAAAAUAAUAUUGGUUAAUAGGAUGAAGUAAAAAGGUUAAAAACAACAAUAAAUAAUUUAGAAACUAAAAUUAAGAAGUAAAAAUAAUUUAAAAUUUAAGUAUGAAAUGCGAUUAUGAAUAAGAAAUGCUGAAAUUAACAAGUAAACAUUUUUUGAAGAGCAAUAUUUCUUAAGAAAUAUAGGUUUUGUAAAAAUUGGUAAUUAUGAAGUAUUAUUUUAGGCUAAUUCUUUGGCUGAAAGUUUAUCUGAUAAAGAAUAAGCUUUAUAAACUUAGAGAAAUAUUAAUCGAGAAUUACUGAAUAAAAUAUCUGAAUUUAAAAAGUGAUGAGUGGA